UUAUAGAUAUUUUAGUGCGCGUUAUAGUUUUAUUUGAAUGAUUUUAUUCAUUCUUCAAAGGCUUUUGGACAGCAGUCACUAUUAAUUCUUACAAUUUACACGGGUGUAUUUAUAGGUGUGCGUGAAAGAAAUUAUAGUACAUGUUAUAUAUCUGUAAAUUCAUAAGUGGCAUAAUAUGAACCAAUAGGGGUGUAACGCUACACAAAAAUCUCGGUUCGGUACGUACCUCGGUUUUGAGGUCACGGUUCGGUUCAUUUUCGAUACAGUAAGGAAAAAAAAUGCAAAAUAUAAAUGUGCUAGUUGUUUAUUACACACCUUUGUGCUUUCAACAAUAGAAACAUUAGCCUAUACAAAGCUAGAAUUCUGCUCAAAAAGUAGCGGGUAUUCAAAAAUAAUCCAACAAAAAAAGAAGUCCUGUGCUAAGGAAAAAAGCAAUCCCAAUGACAAAGAUUUUAACACGUAUUUUACAAAUGAAAUGCCUCAAUGAAUCAUUUUUUUUCUUAUGAACGGUUUUUAAAAGCUUUAUUGGUGGAUUUUCUCAAGUUAAAGCGCCACACAGAAAUUAAUAAAUUUAAUUGUGUAAGCAGGAUCUGUGUAUUAUUCUUAUUAUUUAAUUACAGUUGUUUUAGCUCAUUUCAAUUUAUUUUACUUAAGUGGGCUAUUAUUUAUUUUAUUAUGUGUUUAUGUUUUACAAAUGUGAUGUAGUAUUCAUUUAUAUUGUAUAUUGUAUGUUGUAAAGCUUUAGUUCCUAUGUGAAUAUUAGUUCCUACUUGUUUUGUUGUGGUAGGAGGGUUUUGUAUUGAACACGGGGCCGUGUUGGUUAUUAUUAUAGCAGAGAAGAAAGCAGUGAAUCAACAAAGACAAGUCAACUGUGCCCCAAUCAAACACUCAAGAGAUCUGAUGGACUCAAAAAGUGGGUUACGAUUGCAUAUUAAUUUGAAAUUCGACCGGAUCCACCGUAUUUUUACGCAAGUGACUUCCGGUAUGCCUGGUCCUAGCUACCGGUAGUAGUAUUGAUGCAGGAGGGUUGCGUCUCGCGUCAAAUAAUAAACUUUGCCAUUCUUUUCGCAUGCGUCGUUUUGAGCCGCUUCUGGGACGCGUCUAACACGCGGCCGCACUGCGACUGGUGUGCAUUGGCUGAUUGACUUUAACGCCCGCGCUUCACUGCGUUCUCGCGGUGGCCACGUCGUCGCGCCAUUGACGUUUCUGGGUUAUACUGUCCUACCGUGUUGGUCCGCAUUAUAGUAGAGAAGAUGGAGUAAAUAUAAUCUACACAAAGAAACUGCAACCCGAUCAACUCACAGCCUUGAAAAGUAAGGGUUACAUUACGUCAGAAACUCGUUCGGUACGCCUCGUUCUGAACCGAGCACCACGUACCGAAACGGUGCAAUGCAAAUACAUGUACCGUUACACCCUUAUGAUCCAAUAUAUUGUUUUGCUGUAUUCUUGUUUUUCCUUAUCAUACAGUUGUUGUAAUUCAACCAAAACAUAAACUGAUAUAAAGACAUUUCGACAUAUGAAAUUUAACCUAUAUUCGCUUGAUAUUUUAGAUUUGUGCUCGAAGUGAUGGCUGACAGAUAUUUAUAGUUCCGCCAGGUCAUUUUCCAAAUGUAAUGUUAUGUCUUUAUGUCCACUCCUCUCAUACCAGUUGCUUUUAAGUGAGUUGAUUUCAUCUUCAGAAGCAUCCAUGAAUCUUGCCCAAGAGGAGUUUACUCCUCUAAUGAUCAGAGAGCGUGGCGGCAGCCAAAGUUCUAGCUCAAGUACUGGUUCUAGUCUACAAGUACACCUGUAUUUCUUCCCUCCUACUAAAGAUGCCACGACAAUAUAUAUAUCAUCUGGCCAAGUCUCUGCUGAAAAUGUCUGCAUCGAAGCAGCCAGAAGAUGUGGUAAAGCGAAAAUAUAUCCGUGUAAAGGUUUUAUUCCCUCCCAUAACCAUGCUUCAACAUUUAAGAAUGCUCUUUUCCGUCAAGGUAUUUUACCAGUUUACCAAAGUCUUUUUGGUUUGGCAUCCAGUGAGCUCACAUUCUGGUACCCUCCAUCUCACAUAUUCAACACAGAAGAAAACAUGCAGGUCCAUUUCAGAGUCAGGUUUUUCUUUGGAAACUGGUAUGGACAGGGAUCAAGAAUGUCCUACCGCUACAGUCUGACCAGAGACAGAAUUAGUCCUGUGCUUGACUAUUCUGUCAUUGACUAUCUCUUUGCCCAGGUACGGAGUGACUUUAUCAAAGGUGAAGCAGGAGUGGUCCCACCAUUAAGUGUACAAGAAGAAUGUCUUGGCCUAGCAGUGCUGGACCUGUGGAGAAUGGCCAAGGAGCAACAUCGGACUGUAACUGAACUCUGCAAGAUUGUCAGCUACAAGUCUUGUCUUCCUAAGUUGCAUCAGAACGAUAUUGAGAAACGCAAUCGCCUGGAUCGCUAUCGAAUCAGAAAUACUCUUAAACAUUUCCUAAAGAAGCUUGGAAAUUGCUCCGUUGAAGCCUACGGCCUGAAACUGAAGUAUUUGGUCGAAAUGGCAGCCAUCGUUCCCACCUUAGGAAGUGAAGUCUACCGGAUUUGCGCUGGUUCUUCCCAUUCCAGUGGCAUGUUCAGCUAUAUCAAGGUCACUGGGGAAACUGGCAUUCAAACCAGUGGAAGUUGUCAUCCUGAUGGUUCCUUGGAGUGGCAAACCUUCUGUGAUUUCCAGGAGAUACUUGCCAUCAGUAUAAAAUGGGUAUCUCAUGAACAAGAAGACAGAAUGAUGGUGACUGUGUAUCGUCAUGACGACAGAUGCAUGGAAGCCAAUUUCAAGAGUCUGAAAGAAGCGCUCUCAUUUGUGUCACUUGUUGAUGGCUACUUCAGACUGACCACUGACUCCAGCCACUACUUCUGUCGGGACACUGUGCCUGAAAGUCUUCUGGAGGGUUUCAAAAACUUUUACCAUGGCCCAAUCACAUCCGAGUUUGCAGUGGACAAGUUGAAAAAGUCCGGAGGUAAAGACGGAACAUUCCUACUUCGACAGAGUCCUAAAGAUUUUAAUAACUUCUUCCUCACAAUUUGUAUUCAGACUCCACUUGGACUUGAUUACAAAGACUGUCUCAUCAUUAAGAAUGAGCACUACCGUCUUCCUGGUGUCCGGAAGACCUUUUCCAGUCUGCGAGAGCUGACCAGCUUUUACCAACAGAACAAACUUUUGCUGGACAACGUGCCUGCCAAGCUAGGCAAUUGCUGUCCACCCCAACCAAAAGAGCUCACAAAUCUCAUCAUAAUAAGAAAUGGCAUCCCUGUUGAGGCUCAAGGGUCCCCAACACCUGAGCGGACAAAGUUCAGUCAUAUCCAGUUCCACAUGAUCAAAUACGAAGACCUAAAAUGGGGGGAAAGCCUUGGACAGGGAUCCUUUACCCGAGUAUUUAAAGGCUCCAAAAGAGACAUUCACGAUGGGGAGAAACAUGUGACAGAUGUUCUUCUUAAAGAACUUGAUAGCAGCCACAAGAAUUGCUGGGAAUCAUUUUUCGAAGCUGCCAGCAUAAUGAGUCAGAUCUCACACAAACACCUCCUCUUGGUUUAUGGCAUCAGUGUCCAUGGAACAAAAAAUAUAAUGGUCCAAGAGUUUGUGAAGUAUGGGGCCCUCGACCUUUACCUGAAGAGGGGGAGCUCUACGUCAGUGAGCUGGAAACUUGACGUAGUCAGACAGCUUGCAUGUGCCCUCAACUUCCUGGAAGAGAAGAACAUUGUCCAUGGAAAUAUCUGUGCAAAAAAUCUUCUACUGGCAAGAGAAGGCGACGUGCAUCAGGGCAGCUCUCCUUUCAUCAAGCUCAGUGAUCCUGGCAUCAGCGUUGCAAUGAUAGGAAAAGAUGUUAUCCUGGAUAGAAUUCCCUGGGUUGCCCCUGAAGUGUUGGGCGCUCCAGACAAGCUGACUGUAGAGUGUGACAAGUGGAGCUUUGGUGCCACUGUGUGGGAGAUCUUUAACAGUGGCAAUGCUCCACUGCAAGACUGGGAUCUUCUACAAAAGCAGCAGUUUUACCAGAGUUUCCAGCAACUGGCGCCCUCUCAGUGGCCAGAACUGGAUGAACUGAUCAACCAUUGUAUGAACUACAAAGCGGCCUUCAGACCUUCAUGUCGCAGCAUUAUCCGCGAACUCAACAGUCUAAUCACAUCAGACUAUGUAAUACUUCACGCUAGUGAGCCUGUUACACUCAACGCAGUGUCACAUGCAACUAGUCUUGCCAUGCAGGAUCAGACAUUGUUUGAGGAGAGACACCUGCGGUACAUAUCUCUACUGGGAAAGGGAAACUUUGGAAGUGUUGAACUGUGCCGUUACGACCCACUGGGAGAUGACACAGGUGAGAUGGUUGCUGUGAAGAAGCUGCAGCCCAAUAAGCAAUCAACCCUGGAGGACUUCCGUAAGGAGAUCAAAACACUCAGCAUGAUGUGCUGUGACUACAUCGUCAAAUAUAGAGGAGUCUGCUAUAGCACGGGGCGACUCAAUAUGAGUUUGGUGAUGGAGUACCUACCACACGGAAGUCUUAUUGUAUAUACAGAAAUCAACAGACACAACAUCAACACGAUGCGCCUGCUACUCUUUGCUUCACAGAUCUGUAAAGGCAUGGCGUACCUGCAGACAUUACGGUAUGUGCACCGAGACCUGGCUGCCAGAAAUAUCCUUGUGGCAAGUGAGUCAUUGGUGAAAAUUGCCGAUUUUGGACUGACCAAGAUUGUUCCAUUGGACAAGGAAUACUACAGAGUCAAACAGCCUGGAGAGAGCCCCAUCUUCUGGUUUGCCCCAGAAUCCAUCAAUGAGUUUAGAUUCUCCCAAAAGUCGGAUGUGUGGAGUUUUGGAGUUGUUCUUCAUGAGCUAUUUUCCUAUUGCGAAAUGAGCUCCAACCCCAAAAAACUAUGUAUGCAGAAGAUUGGAACCAAUGUGCAUGGUCUAUCAAUAUCAAUGCAUUUGCUAAAUAUCCUAAAAGACAACUGGAGGUUGCCUCCCCCUGCAAACUGCCCACCCAAGGUGUACGUUUUGAUGAAGCAGUGCUGGGUUUACAACUUUGAGGAGAGGCCGUGUUUUUCCAGCCUUGAGGAUCAAAUUGAAAUCAUCAUGCGAGAAGAGAUAAGAGGCUGACUGGAAGGGAGAGCCCUCGCCCUCGCGUCGCUUCUAAAAAUGGCGCGACGCCAUGCUCACUGCACAAGCGAGCAUUGAGUUUAUCUGUCGACACAGUUGUGGCUGGAUCUAAACGGUUACAACGAACGGUUACAAGGAAAAUGAGUAUUUCUUUGAAUUUUGAUGUGGUGAUAAAGUACUGGUGUGAUUAUAUGUUUUGCGUAGCUGCUGUUACCAUAAAGUUUUAUGAUUGGCAUCAAAGCACCACAAUGACAGUUAAAAAUCAUCAAAUAAAACAAAGUAAAUAAAAUCUAACAGGUCAAAAGAGUGACAUUUGAAUCACCAGAAGGCCAUUAGAGGUGUCCUAAUUUGCUAGUUAGCGAGAAAACAGACAAAUAAUAUAUUUUUUAAUAUAAUAUAUAAUGAAAUAUAUACACAGAUAGAUGAAUAGGUACAACAGGAUACACUUUAGCUUUGUUGAAAAGCUUUUAUUACCCUAACCCUUUAUGAGGCUGCCGCUUGACAAAGACAUCCGACCAUUUUAUGAGGAUUACCUGAGUCAUCAAAGGUUUAAAAGUACAGUAUUUGGAUGAGAACCGCUUAAAAUAGAAAUAAAGUGUCUUCUCAAUGCACAAUUCUGACUUAAUCAGCAGGUAUUUUCAACCACAUUGUUCUGACACACUGAUCAUGAUAAGCAUCACGCACAGGGUUGCCAACAGUGCCUUGAAAAAUGGAAUCAUCCUGUAUUCAGAAACAAAAGUACGUGUCUCGUAUUAAUCUUACAAGCGACGCGUUUUGUCCCGUAUUAUCAUGAAAAUCGAAAAUAGUGUUUUGUUUGUUGAACGAACGAGUACUGGUAUGAUGCUUUUCAAGAACACUGUACAUAGGGGAACAUACAGUAUUGCCUCUCCUGCUUUCUGACCAAUGACCUGACUGAACAAUGACAAUCACGCUCAUUUCAUUGUUCGAGUAGGUUCUGUUGCUUACCACAAGCAAAACCUAAAAACAAUAUAAGAGUGUGGGAUCAGAUCAGAGGUUUGAGUGAAGCACGAGUAAAAAGCAUGUUCAAAAUGAUCA